AAGAGAGCAGCCGAGCAUGCGCGCGCACCGUGUGAGUUAGAGCGAGCGAGAAGCAUGGUGUCCGCGCUGUGUACGGUUGUCGGACGACGCCUACUACGGGCUGCUGCCGCUGCUGCUGCUUGUGGGGAUUUCUUAUUGGAAACGGUCCUCAGUUGGCUCAAGUGUACCGCGAUGGAACGACUGUUUUCGCGUUCGAUUUUCGCGCUUGCCGGUACCACGCGCGAACAGUGUCCCUGCUUCCGUCCGGUCCCGUAUCCCGUGCCAUCCCGUAGCACCGUUUAAAGCCCUUCGCACCCUACUCCCCUCCCUCGGUAAGGGCUUUCCCACCGCUGGCAGGGAAACCCGGUGUGGUUAGUGCGGACCGACCGGUGGGACAAGAAGCACACGGCGAAACGGCAGUGCGCGGGACAAACGAUUAACGCGGUGUGCUCCAUGCUACUUAGCUAAUUUUCACCUUAACCGCGCCGAUUUUGCGAGUGUUUGUGCGGUGUGUGUGUGUGCGUGUGUGCGAUCAUUGUUUAGUGUUUUGUUUUGGAACGUGACGAACACACACGGUUCCGGAAGGUUUGCGAGCAUUAAGGGUGCUUUUGUACAUGGGAAGUUGCGAUUGUGAAAAUGUGGCUUAGAACAUGUGUUCCGAGACUGCAGAAAUGUACUGGAAGAGGUGAACAGUGAAGUGUAUGUGUGUGUGUGUGUGUGUUGCCAAAUUGAUUAAAGCAUGAAGCGACGGUAGAUGAGGGAAUAGAACUUGCGAACAGGCACCAACAAGUAAACAAACAUUCUAGUGGAAGGAAAGUGCGGAUUUGUUGGCCUUUUCCACGCUGCGUCUGUAAUGUAUCUUGGCCAAACACCCGGCAGUGGGUAGUUGUUACAAUGGCCACCAUAAUGUCGCAUAAUUUACCCCUGAUACCGCUUCCGCUGAAGGCGGGAGUGGCCCUGGCCAAGGCGAGCCUGAUGCUGCCCGGCGCUGGAGCGGCCGGCGGUUUGCUGGGGCUUGCCGUGCCCCCGGAGUCGAGAAAAUCGUCCGUUACGCCACCCGAAGCACCGCACGAAAGUCCCAAACUGCCGGCGGACGACGAUGAAACCGAUCGGAUGAGCUGCUGCAGCGACGACAGCGAACUGUCCGUGGGCCAGGAGGUGCCGGAUGAUCUGCGUGCACCGCCAACCCUGCACAGUCCACCGGAUGACCUAAGCAACGACUCAUCCCGCUACUCGAAAGACACUCCCUCGGAGUUGGAGUUUGCGGCUCGACUGCAGCAAACGAGCAUGCUGCGACCGAGUCCAACCCGCCUGCACGAAGAGUUCCUUCGCAAUUCGCAGCUCUACGCCGAGGAGCUGAUGCGCCAGCAGAUGCAGAUUGUAGCGGCCGCCCGGGGACUUACCAUGAGCCCGGCGAAAGCGGCGCUCGGUGGGCUGCAGUCCGACCGUAGUCCAACACCGGGCGAACCGAGGAUGGGCUUUCGACCGGCGGGUAGUGGCAAUCGGAGUGAUUUCUACCGCCAGGAUGCAUCCUCCCCUGGGGAAGGAGCCGGCAGCUUCCGGGGCAUCCAUUCGCAUCUCAGCGCAAUAUCGCAAAUCACGCAAAAUCUCAACAGCGACCUCUCGAAGCUAACGUCACCGACGGCGUUCCGUACGUCGCGCGAAAGCUCCCAGUCACCUCCGUCGGCGGGGGCAAACCUUCACGGGCUGCAUCAACUCCACCAGCAGCAGCAGCAGCAACACCAGCUGGCUCAGCAGCAGCAUCACCAUCAUCAGCUAGCGCUGGCCGCACUGAACAACAACAUUGCCGUGGCGCUGAACGACCAAAGCCUCAAGUUUAGCAUCGACAACAUCCUGAAGGCAGACUUUGGCCGCCGCAUCACCGAUCCACUGCUGCUGAAGCGAACUUCCAAGAGUGGCCAACAGCACCAUGGGCCGUCUGGGGCGGGUGCAUCGGGCAGCAGAAAGCCGGCCAGCAAAAGCCCGUCGGCAAUCGAUCUCAGCGGUGGCGAGCAAGGUUCCUCCACGGCGACGCUAGCGCCCCUGUUGGCCGGUACGGGAAGUGGCGUGCCGUGCAGCAUAGCGAGCGCACUGUCGACGGUGAAACAGUUCUGCACGGCGGUUAGCACGACGACGACCAGCAGCAGCAGGGCCAGUUCGGGAUCGGUCAGCUCGGUCGGUUCGGUGGGCAGCGAGGACGUGAGCCCGAUAUCGCCCCUCUCGUCGACGGGUUCGCUGAAGGGUGCGGACCAUCAAUCGGGUGGCCAAGGUGGUGCGAGUGCAACGGGAGCGAAUGGUGGUGCUAGUGGUGGUGGAAGUGCCGGGUCCAGUUCCGGGUCUGGCAGCUCGGGAUCCGGUUCCGGAGGGCCGAUGGUGUGGCCGGCCUGGGUGUACUGCACGCGGUACAGCGAUCGACCUAGUUCAGGUUAGUGUUCAAUGCAUCAAAGUCCUUGGGGAGAAAGGGUCAUGCAAGAGAUGUAAAAUUGUGUCGAAAAACCUUGAGAGACUGCCUGUAAUGUCUCACGAUUCUUAAAACACUGCUUAUGGUGCUGCACUCAAACGAUUGCCCAAACUCUAAACGAUUUCUCGUGCAAUUGCGUGUAACCUCCGCCUCAAUUCUGAAGAAAUUCGUUCCGGACUUUGUGUUUUCUGACGCGACACAGGAAUUCUGGGAGCAUUUCUCGGAAUCACCUGCAACCGUACCGGCUCCUCUCUCUCUCUCUCUCUCUCUGCACUGUCAAACGAUCGCACGGGGAAUUUGUCAUCAAUUUUGACCGUUUGCUUGGCAUUUCAUUCGGAGGCAAUGCGGGUUUGAACCGGCUUGAAGAUGUGUCUCGUGGAACAUCAAGAACGAUCACGGUAUUGCUGAAGCUUUUACGGACAAACCCAACCCAAUCGUGACAUCCCCGGGAGAACUAUUGGCAUUCAUUAUGGUUGCGGAAAUGCGAUUGGAAAUGAAUUGUCCUCACCCUGCCGAUGGAGAACACCAUAAAAGAGUUGAA